CAAUAAUGUCAAAUAAUGAAGGAAUGAAUGAGUAUGAUCAGUAACAUCCUAUUGACUACUAUAAGGAAUCAAUAAGAUUAUACUAUUAUAAUAUAGUUCUUCAUUAACAUGUAGAUAUUCUCUCUUAAAAUAAUCUUAGGUUGAGUAAGUCACUCAAGAGCGAAAUGAGAUUAAGCAAAAAUUAUUGAAAUUUCAGGCUUUAGAAGAUUAAGAAAGUGAAUUAUCAAUGGAAGACAAAAGAAAAAGAAACAGAAGAUCAGCAAUUGAGAUUCCAAGAAGUCAUGUAUGUUAGAUAAAAAAUUGCAAUAAAUCUUAUGGUUCUGAAGGAUCACUUAUGCAGCAUAUGAAAAUUAAACAUGGUAUUACAUAACAUUUAGACAAAAUUGGGUAGAUUUCAGAUUAAUUUAAAAGUAAUGAAUGA